AUGAGAUUAAUCGAAGUCAAAGCUGGAGAAGAUGGAACAAGAGUCGAAAAGGAAAAUGGUGUUGGUGCUAAAAGGAAUAAACAUGAAAGCAUUUCAUUCAGUGUUGAAGAUGAUCAUUAUUGUCGUAAUGAAAGUGAAGUUGAUUAUGGUGCAUUGAAAGAGAAUGGGAAUGUUCAUGAAAUUGGUGGAAGAUCUGGUAUGUUAAAUAACAAUGAUAAAGAAGAAUGUGAGAAUGGAGAAUAUAGAAGGGCCCGAAAGAUCGAACUUGUCGACGAAACACCCAUUGAUGAAAAUGUUGGGAAUGGACCGAAUAAACAUCUGAAGUGA